CAGGCCUCUUUCUGCAAACGGCCGUGCUGGGGAGUGGUUAGCCCUCCGUUGUCACCCGCCGUUCUCAGCUGGAGACGACUGGAACCCCCGGAAGGGAGGAAAGGGGCCGGCGAAGGCGGCGGUGACUCAGACCGCAGGACUGGGAACGCGAGGGUUAAACGGGCUGGGCUGGUGGCGCUCCGCCCCGCCAGGCCCCGCCCACGGCGGCCGCGGCUGGCCGGCAUAUUUAUAGAGGCGGUGCCGGGCGCGCCGGGGCGUCCCUGUGACCCGCAGCCCCGCGUCAUGGAGCGGCCGGCGCCUUCGGCCGUGCUGCCCUUCUCGGAUCCCGCGCACGCCCUGAGCCUGCUGCGCGGCCUGAGUCAGCUGCGCGCCGAGCGCAAGUUCCUGGACGUGACCCUGGAGGCGGCGGGCGGCCGCGACUUCCCCGCGCACCGCGCCGUACUGGCGGCCGCCAGCCCCUACUUCCGCGCCAUGUUCGCGGGCCAGCUGCGCGAGAGCCGCGCCGAGCGCGUGCGCCUGCACGGGGUGCCGCCCGACAUGCUACAGCUGCUCCUGGACUUCAGCUACACCGGCCGGGUGGCGGUGAGCGGCGACAACGCCGAGCCGCUGCUGCGCGCCGCCGACCUGCUGCAGUUCCCCGCCGUGAAGGAGGCGUGCGGCGCCUUCCUGCAGCAGCAGCUCGACCUGGCCAACUGCCUGGACAUGCAGGACUUCGCCGAGGCCUUCAGCUGCUCCGGGCUGGCGAGCGCCGCGCAGCGCUUCAUCCUGCGCCACGUGGGCGAGCUGGGCGCCGAGCAGCUGGAGCGGCUGCCGCUGGCGCGCCUGCUGCGCUACCUGCGCGACGACGGGCUGUGCGUGCCCAAGGAGGAGGCGGCCUACCAGCUGGCGCUGCGCUGGGUCCGCGCCGACCCGCCGCGCCGCGCGCCGCACUGGCCGCAGCUGCUGGAGGCGGUGCGCCUGCCCUUCGUGCGCCGCUUCUACCUGCUGGCGCACGUGGAGGCCGAGCCGCUGGUGGCGCGCUGCCCGCCUUGCCUGCGCCUGUUGCGCGAGGCCCGCGACUUCCAGGCGGCUCGCUACGACCGGCACGACCGCGGUCCCUGCCCCCGCAUGCGCCCGCGCCCGUCCACCGGCCUGGCCGAGAUCCUGGUGCUGGUGGGAGGUUGCGACCAGGACUGCGACGAGCUGGUCACGGUCGACUGCUACAAUCCGCAGACCGGCCAGUGGCGCUACCUGGCCGAGUUCCCCGAUCACUUAGGCGGGGGCUAUAGUAUCGUGGCGUUGGGCAACGACAUCUACGUGACGGGCGGGUCUGACGGCUCCCGGCUCUAUGACUGCGUGUGGAGAUACAACUCAAGUGUCAACGAGUGGACAGAGGUAGCGCCCAUGCUCAAGGCCCGAGAGUACCACAGCUCCUCCGUGCUAGAUGGGCUUCUGUACGUGGUGGCAGCUGACAGCACGGAGCGCUAUGACCAUGCCACCGAUUCCUGGGAGGCCCUGCAGCCCAUGACCUACCCCAUGGACAACUGCUCUACCACUGCCUGCCGAGGCCGCCUUUAUGCCAUCGGCUCCCUGGCAGGCAAGGAGACCAUGGUGAUCCAAUGCUAUGACCCAGACACCGAUCUGUGGUCGCUGGUGAACUGUGGCCAGCUCCCACCCUGGUCCUUUGCACCCAAGACUGUGACUUUGAAUGGACUCAUGUACUUUGUCAGGGAUGACUCUGCCGAGGUGGAUGUAUACAACCCCACUAAAGACGAAUGGGACAAGAUCCCAUCUAUGAAUCAGGUACACGUCGGGGGCAGCCUGGCCGUCCUGGGAGGCAAACUCUAUGUCUCUGGGGGGUAUGACAACACCUUUGAACUCUCAGAUGUGGUGGAGGCCUAUGACCCAGAGACCCGGGCAUGGAGUGUGGUGGGGCGGCUUCCAGAGCCCACCUUCUGGCAUGGCAGCGUGAGCAUCUUCCGCCAGUUCAUGCCACAGACGCCGGCAGGGGGCCGAGGCUUCGAGCUGAACAGUGGCAGCAGUGACGUGGACGCAGGUUACCACAGGCUGCCACAGAACCCUGAGGAGCUGCACUAGCCCAGGCCUGGCCCAGGGGAGGGCCUUGGCGCAAGGGGCCUGGCACCUGCAGAGGGGUGGCUCCAGGGUGCUUAGUGAGCCCCUAGACGCACCAUGGAAAGGUUUCUGUGCAUUCGGAGCCUAUGUCACAGCUUCUGGGGACUAAGCCAGUGGUGACCACCGUCAUGUAUCAGCCUUCAGAGGUGACCUCCAGCUCGCUGCAGCUCACCAUGCAGGGUGCCUCUCCUCGCUGACCCGUCCUGGGCCUGUGGGCUCCCAGGGCAGAAGGUCCUGUAAUGGUCAGAAAGUGGCCUGGCCUGGAGCGGUGGGAAUCCAGGAAGACAGAGGCUACAGUGAAGUGCUCCAUGCCCCACCCAGUACCAGGGAUCCUCCAGUGCUGCAGGUAGAGGGGUGUUCACACCACUGUUGGUGUCUCACCAUACAGGAGUUAAGCACUGGACAACUGUCAUAGUGUGAGUCCAAGCUCUGCUCCCACAGCACAUGUUCUCGCCCAACAAGGAGGCCCUCCCUGGGACUCCUUCCUGGAGAGCGGGGACAAAGCUCAUAAAGCUGGCUUGCUGUGGCUCCUCCUGACACUUGGCUAAGUGGGCCUGGGAGCAGAGACUCCUGCUUCUAAGGCGAGCCGAGUGGGGCGGCCCCAGCACGUGGCUAUAUGUUUGAAAACCUUGUGGUUUGACCUCGAAAAGCAGCAGAGUUGGGAGCAGUAAGACAAGUUGGCUUUGUCUGACUUGAAGGUGUAGAAGCCAUUGUUGGGAGAAUUUUUCUGCUGUGUGUGGAAAACCUAGGAUUUUUAGGGUCGUAGGGCCAGGGACAUAAAUACUAGGGCACCUGGGUCACGGCUUAGGGGAUGCCGUGUUUCUUUGUGACUUUGAAUGGUGUCAUGGGUUUGGGAGCCGAGACCCCCUCAUACCCAGUGGGCUUGGCUAGGGUUGGUUUUCUUUUUGAGGAAGAGGCCAUUAGGACUUUUUGUUAUAGACAAAGCCAAAGUUCAGAGUUGCCUUUUUCUAGCGAACUCAAGCGCGGUGAGGCACAGAAGUUUACCCCAUCACAUGCCUACUGCUCUCUUCUUGGCCCCUGGCAAGAGAGGCUGCCUUAGUCUCCCAGGUACCCACCUGCUUCCUGUUCGCCGUGCACUGCAGAUGUCAAUCCUGUUGGUUUUGAAAGCCAUGUUUUAGAAUGCUGUGCUGGGCACCUGACCUUGGGAGAGACGGUAGGUAGGCAGUGCUGUCCCAACCCAGGCCCACUGGUGACCUAGAGUUCCCUUGGCGAUGUGCACCGGUGGAUUGCUAAGUUUUCUGGUGCCGCCAGCCCAUGCCUCAAGUGCCUCUUCUCUGAACCUUAAAGAGCUGCCUCCUAGGGCUACCCAGAGUUGUUGAUGCUCUGCUAGGGGUGCCUCACCACAGCAGGGUGGGGUCCUGUGUGUGUGUGUGUGUGUGUGUGUGUGUUACUGAUGUCAGUGCUGGGGACAGUGUUGUUCAGUCCUCUUGGGGACAGGCUAGGAGGCUCUCCAGAGGAAGGGCACAACCUGCAGAAGUCACUGCAGUGCAGUGCACACUUGCACAGGGCCCCUCUUCCUUGCUCCAGAGCUACUCAGGUUUCCACAUCAGGGCCCACUGAAACGAAGGAUAGUAAAAAGUAGACACUUCCUGUGGACCCACUGGGAGUCCAGGACUGUCCCUCCCUCGGCUUCACCUUUGCCACUGGCUCUGGGCUGUAACUCACUGCAUAACACACGUCUCUACACUAACGGAUUGAAGCUGGGCCACUGGGGUAUGGGAUUGAUUGUCCCCGUCACGUGUAUAAAGCUUUUAUAUGUUAGGACAAAAUUAAGUUAUGAGAAGUUCUGUGCCUGGUAUUGAUGCUGAUCUAUAAGGGAUUUUUCUUAUAUUUAUGACUUCAGAGACUUAGGAAAGAGGAUGGCACUCAGGCACCAGUGGCUGGGCAGAUUUGUAUAUUUAUUUUUGUCUGGUCUAUAGCUUCUGUGUCCAGCGUCCUAAGACGUUGGGAUGCUUCCCUAAUUUUUGAAAUAAAAUGUUUCCUAUA